UAUUAAUCGCAACAAGUCGCCUUUUCACAGUAUUGCAAUAUCGUGCACACUUAUUCCGUUUGGCAUUUUAAAAGAAAAAAUUCUUUCAUCUAUUGCAACGACAGUAAAAAUAAUAUUAUUGUUGUGAUUAGUGUUUCUCACUUAAACAGACGAAGCGAGAUGGAGAGAAGACAUAUCGACGAUAUUCAAAUGCCGACAGUAGAUGAACAUUUUAAACUACUGUUAGAGGAUGAUAGUAUAAUCGAACCAAAAUUCACCAAUACAACGCCCGACGAUCUUCCAAAUUGGUAUGAUGAAGAAUUAUUCAAAGAAGCUCAAAACUAUUAUAAACGAAAUAUGAUGUCAAUGGUACUAGCUAGCUUUGCCGGACUUCUUGCGAUAAUAGCAGUCCCGGAAACAUUAAGGGUGCUCAUAUACACUAAUAAAAGCAGUAUACCUUGCGUGACUUUUAGUAGGUAUACGCAAACUCUGUUGCACAUAUACAAGCUAUAUACAAGUGAUCCAAACGACCCGGACUCCGACAUGUACAAGACAAUAAAUGUAAUUCACCGAAAACACAAGAUGAGUAGUAAAAGAUCAGAGAAAGCAGGUGUUGGAGGGAUUUAUCAACGAGAUAUGGCAAUCACACAGUUUGCUUUCAUAGGAUAUGUAUUAAUCGCUCCAAAAUCUAUCGGCUUGUGCAAUAAGCCGCAAGAAGAAGAAGCACUUAAUCAUUUCUGGCGUGUAAUAGGUCACAUGUUACAAAUUCCCGAUCGACUAAAUCUGUGUCGCAAAACCGCAGCAGAAACUCGCGAAUUGUGUCAAAAAGUAUCUGAUAUUUUGACAGAAUAUUUGUAUAAUGCUCCACCUGAAUUUUAUCAGAUGGCAUUAGCCAUAUUAGAUGGAUUAUGGUAUAUGGAUAUAACUUUAGACAAACAUGCUUUUCUAAAAUUUACCUAUCGGUUGCAUGGUAUAGAAUAUAAUAAGCCAAUUGGAUGGUACAGUUGGUUAAAUGCAAAAUACCGUGAUUUGAUACUUCAACUUUGCCUUGUACCCUAUGUCGGAGCAGUAGUAAAAAUUUAUUAUAAAUAUGUACUUCUGUUGACAUUGUGGCUUGUAAAGAAAUGGCCUGUAUUAGCAUGGUUGUCACUCGGAAAACAAAAUUCUCACAUCAUAUUAUAUUAAAAAUACGUGUAUAGUCAUAAUCUCUUACUUUCUCCGACUUUCUCUUUUUAUU